AUGAAUGCUACAAUAGAGCAUUUUGACUCGAAUAGUAACAAUUAUUCCAAAGAAAACCAAACUGUCAUAUCCUCAGUCAACUUAAUCAUCUGCUGUAUGGGACUCCCAUUGAAUGGAAUUGUCAUCUGGCUACUCGGCUUUCAGAUUAAGAGGAACCCUUUCACCGUAUUGAUUCUGAAUUUAGCUAUUUCUGACUUUGGGUUUAUCAUAUUUGCGGCUAUAUAUUCAAUUAGUAAUUUUAUAGAUCCACCAUUUCAAAGUUGGGUGAUAUUCUAUUUGUUCGACGUCAUGUAUAUCAGUGGCCUGUUUCUUCUGACAGUCAUCAGCAUUGACCGGUGUGUUGCUGUUCUCUUCCCAAUGUGGUAUCACUGUUCUCGGCCAAAGUAUUUAUCCCCUGUGGUAUGUGCCCUUCUCUGGCUCUUUUCUUUCCUACUUGUUGGAAUUGGCAGCAAUCACAAGAAUUUAGUUUUUUCUUAUGUUCCCUGGGAUCUCGAUUGGAUUGUGACUGCUGUGCUUUGCCUUCCAUUGAUCACAAUCUCUACUCUGAUCCUAUUCAUCAAAAUAUGCCUUAAAUCCGAACAAGUCAAACGGGGGAAACUUUUAGUGAUGAUCUUAAUUACUCUUCUCUGUUUCCUUAUUCUUACCCUUCCACUAUAUAGUUAUUUGUUCAUUACUCUUUUUCUUGGCACCAAUUAUACCUCACUCAGUCUUCAAUUUCUUUUAUAUCGUAAUCUCUGUGCUUGCCUAAACAGUAGCAUUAACCCAGUGAUCUAUUUUCUGGUUGGGAGAAAGAAACAAGCUCAGGCCAAGGAGAGUAUGAAGACCAUUUUUCAAAGAGUCUUCAAAGAAGAUGAAGUUCCUGGAAUCAGAUAG